AUGCCAAUAUUCAACGAGCAUCCGUUUACCUCGAUUACUGUGAAGAUCAAUCAAUUGGUGAAACUGAAUGGUAACGAUGACAACGACUUCCGUGACAAUGAUGGACAAAGAGAGGACAAUUCGCUCGAACUUCAGCUUUCUACGUUAAUCGAUCUAAUUAAAGUCCAGCACAAUUCUGGUGCAACCGAGGCUGCAAGGGCAAUACGUAAGAAAGUCAAGUACGGAUCAUCAACGCAAGAACAAAUUCGUGCAUUGAAUAUACUUGAACUUCUUUUGCUCAACUCCGGCCGGAAAAUUGGCCCAAUUUUAGCAAGGGACGAUAAAUUGUUGGAUGUCUUGAAAGGUAUACUUAAUGGGCACGGCAAAACUGGCACUGGUUUGGGGUAUGAUGUGAAAGUACAAAAGAGAGUAAUUGCAAUGGCAAUAGGCUGGAAGAGCGAGUUCGAAAACUUGGACGGGUACAAGAAUAUGCAACAAUUAUACAAGGCACUUCCGAAAAGUAAGACCAAGAGUGAAGCGUCCAUGUCGAAAAGCCGACGCGCUAGGGAAGAAUUUGUUAAUGAUGAUGAUGAUGAUGAUGUAUUUGACAGCCAGGACGAAGUUGAUCCUUAUGCGGACAAUCACAAAAUCAAUGGGAAUAGCUCGAGAGCAUCAAGAAAUUCAGACUCUCCUCCACCGCCGUCUUCUUCAAGAUCAAUUAAAUCACCAAAAGUGCCACCACCUAGACCAACAACUUCGUCCCCGUAUUCUUCAGCAACUAAAAAAUCUAGCACAAACUAUAAGAAAGAAAAGAAAGACAAAAGGUACAAGAAGAAACAGAAAAGGUCAAAGAAUGGAAUAAUAUACGCAGAUGAGCAAUUCGGUAUACCUCAAAUCAAUUAUAGGAAAGAAGCUCCUAAGAUUAAUGCGUUGCUCAAUGAUUGUCAAAUUGCAUGUGUUGACCUCAAAAACCAAUUACUUCAACUUCCACCCGACGCUUCACCAUUGGAUGAUAGUAAAAUUAAUUCCAAUUUUGAUAACUUGAAAGGUUUGAGACGAAAGUUGUUGAAAUAUAUUCAAUUUGUAGGCGCUGGUGACCCGCAGACCAAGUCAAGCGAAGUGAAUGAGAUGGAUGAAAAGUUUUUGCCUCGAUUGAUUUACGCUAAUGAAGAGAUUGUGGAAUGCUUUAAACAAUUCGAUGCUAAAACAGGUCAUACUACAAACAGUUUUGCCACCAUACGCGAUGAUCCAAACGAAGAAUGGGACGAAUCUGAUGAAAGCUAUUAUUCCAGUGACGAUGACGAUGACGACGAUGAUGAUUAUGGUUAUGACGAAGAAGAGGAAAAUGACGAAGGCGAUAUCAGAGAAAGGCAAGCAAAAAGUAAAAAUGCGAUUAAUGAAGAAGAUCAAUACCAAGACCUGAUCGCGGCCAGGUUACAAAGUGUAACCAUGGACGAAAAAAGAAGAGCAGCCCCUCCACCACCACCACCAACAGCACCCCUGGCAUUGGCAUUUGGGAUACAAAAUAAAGAACUGUCGAAUGAUAGAAUUUCUGGCUUAGACCACGGAUUUGAAGAAAGACCAGCUAUCAACAAGACUGAUACUAGUGAAUCGUUUGGAUUGGAAGGCAAUCCCUUUGGAGAUACAAAUGCAGUUGAGAAGAUUCUAUAA